UCAACUGUAAGCACCAACACUUCAAAAUGUUCAAAGCUAUUGUUUUCGCCACCUUUCUCUGCAUCGCUUUCGGAGCUCCUGAGCCCAAAGCUGAUCCCAAAGCUGACCCCAAAGCUAAACCAGGCCUUGCUUAUGCAGCACCUGUAGUUGCCGCUCCUGCUGUCGCCUACACCUCGGCCUACAGCGCCCCUCUUGCCUAUCCAGCAGGAUAUGUUUCUCCCUAUGCCGCCGCCUACACUGCCUAUUCCCCAUACGCUGCCUACCCUGCCUAUUCCGCCCCCUUGGUUGUUGUGUAAAUUUUAAAUGUUGAAAAUUAAUAAGCCUAAAUAAAACUUUAACCAAAA